GCGCCGAGGCAAGGUCCACCGGACCUUCAAGGUCUCGCCCUUUUCACUUCCUCACCCACGGGAUAUAUAAAGGGCCGGUCGCCUCGAAUCGCUCCGUCUCCUCUCUCUGCAUUGUUCAGUGCUUUCACGAAGCAGGAACUCUCCAGAUUCAACAUGCUCUCCUUUGUCGUGUUGGGCGCCUUGUUGGCCGUGGCCACGGCCUCUCCCCCCUACGGAGGUCACGGCUACCACGGCUACGGCUACGCCGGCCCCGUCGUGAAGCACGCCGUCCACGCCGUCCAUCCUCUCCCCGUCGUGAAGAAAGCCGUGCACGUCGUCCACCCCGUCCCCGUGGUGAAGAAGGUCGUCCACACCGUCCCGGUGGUGAAGCACGUCGUCCACCCCGUCCCCGUCGUGAAGAAGACCGUCCACGUCGUCCACCCUCAUCCCCUCGUGAAGCACGACGUCCAUCCUCUCCCCGUCGUGAAGCACGCCGUCCACGCCGUC